AAACUGUACGCGGUGAUUUCCAGUGCAUAGAAAUUUACUUACCAGUUCUUGAAAUUUUCCAUGCAAUUUUGGCACUUCAUGCAUCUCUCUUAUUUAAAUCCAUAUCUAUCUAGAGCAAAGUUUGAGCGAUAGUAACAAGCAAAUUAAUCUAUUUCCAAAUUCCUUCUAAUCUUCUUUUUGAUAUAUCCCCAAUUAUUGUUAUGGCUAUGAACAUUGAGUUGUCCUCUGAAACCAAACAAGAAGAAAUGCAGGUGGCAAUAAAGGUCGAUGCGGACGUUCAAGAAAAUGAGGUCCUUGAGGCCAAGACAAAAACAGUAGAUCCAGUUGAACUCACAAAGCCCGCCUUAGAUUCCGCUGGUGAAAGUGGCACAAGCACCGCAGAGGCCCACGAAAAGUCUAGCAAUCAGAUAUUGAAAGCACCAGAGGAGGAUUCUACAAGAUCAAUAAGGAGUGAAGUGCAAACAUUAUUGUCUUUGUUGUUAACAGUCAUGGUGUUUAUUGCAGGAGGGGCAUAUGCAGCUCUUCUUAAUUUUCAUGAAGUUUUUCCUCACGUAGAACAUGUCAAGAUUGUGAACCUUAGCAUCCUUGAGUUGUUGACAUUUCCAAGUGCUGCAGUAGAAGGUUUUCUUUUCCUUAGUGCGGCCACAAUCACAUUCAUAUCAAGCAUGUUGGUGAUUUUGUCUGCCUUGUGCCUGAUCUGUGGGAAAUGGGCAUGGGGCCCUUCAUUGGCAACCUUAAUCUUGUUUGUAAUAGCGGCAAUGUUUCUUAGUUUUUUUGCUAUGCUGAAUAAGCUUGUUCCGCACUUCAUCAUAGUAGGCAGAGGCCAUGCCAAAGUUCCAGGAGUUAUAAUUGUUAUAUUCUACAGUAUAUACGUGAUGAUUCUUUUACCUAUAUUGGUAGUUAUUGUUCAAAGGGUAAUUUAUGGAAUUCGUACAUGUAAGAUAGUGAAGUUUGUGAUGCAGACUGAGAAUUCAGAAAAAAGACAUGACGGGGCUGUGGAAAAGAAUGGCUAGGCUCAUAAAAGGAAGGAGAUGCAGAGAGUUUGUGAUGGCAGUUCUAACUGAACUGAUCUAUUUUAUCUGGAGGGUGAGGAAUGAAGCACUAUAGGAAGGAAGAAUACUGAUGCCAGGGAAGCUGAUUGAAGCUGUUAAGGAGGAGUGUAAGCUAAAAACUCAAGAAAUUUUGCAUAGGAGAAUAAAUGGCCAGGAAAAGACAUGGAUAGAAAACUUGUGCAGGGGGACUAACACACAAAGAACUUAGCAUAGAUGGAGAAGGGGAAUAGAUAGAGAUGAGUGAUAGACAGAUUAGACUUUGAAUUAUUUCUUUUCUUAUGUGAACUACUGUUUGUACCGGGUACUUGAUGGAAGAGCAAUAAAAAUAUUUGUUGUUCACCAAAAAAAUAAGAUAGUGAAGUUGUGUACGACAAAAG